CAAACAAACACACACUACAGACAGUCACUUACCCCACAGAUGCUGUAUUAGCUCCUCCUUCACCUGGAGAACUCCCUUGCGAAACUCCCUGUUCGCAAAGCUCCCUGAUCGACGAUCAGCUGGCAAGGCAGCCAGUGUAGAGGCAUAGCAAUUGGCCAGCAAGGCUACCGGUGGAGAGGACUGGAACAGAACCCUGCAGAGAGGCGUGGCAAUCAGCCAGCAGGGUGACUGGUGGAGAGGUGAGGUGAUCGGUCAGCAGGGAGGGUGGUUAAGAGGAUCGGAGCGAAGCCCGGCGGAGAGGCAUGGUGAUCAGCCAGUAGGGUGGCUGGCGCAGAGAUGCCAAGUGCCAAUCAGCUGGAAUGGUGGCCAGCGAAGAGGAACAGCGAGCGAGUGCCCGGGCAGCAGAGCGAGUUAGAUGCCAUCUUAUCUCCCACUCCACCCAGGGUGGGAGGUGAGCUCUGCAGAGGCGCUUCUGAACGCUGCGUCUGCGCUGACCAAGGACAACAACUGGAAACACUACUUCUCAGAAUUAUUUGAGUCCAGCAAUGGUGACGAAGAAGAGAUGUUAGUAUGUGAAGAAGAUUUAGAGCAUAAUCCUUUUGAUGGCUUACCAUACUCAUCUCAUUAUUACAAACUUUUGAAAGAAAGAGAGGAACUUCCAGUCUGGAAAGUGAAUAUGCUUCUAUGGAGAGUCUUCUUCGUAAUCAAACUGUGAUUGUUUCAGGAGAUGCUAAGAGUGGCAAAAGUUCC